AUGGCCUCGACAGGCGCCUCAGAAACCCCGCAAAUUCCUGCAAGCCCGCAACGGAGAGGGGGAAGAGGGCGUGGGCGCGGCAGAGGUGCACACGGUGGAGAAGAUGGCCACGAGAAAUUCGGAGGGCGAGGCCGUGGACGGGGCGGCUUCCAGAACCGCGGGCGAGGUCGCGGCAACAGAGACAGCGCGGGCACUCGCGGUGGACACGCGCCGGAGAAGGGCAAGGCGCCUGCCAUAGACACAGAAGAGAGCGGACACGCCCCACCGACUCUCGUCAAGCCCAACCUCCAGCAGUCGGACAACGAAGACGACGAUGCCGAAGUCUGCUUCAUUUGCGCCUCGCCCGUUCAGCACACAGCCGUCGCUCCUUGCAACCACCGCACAUGUCACAUCUGCUCCAUCCGAAUGCGGGCGUUGUAUAAAACAAAGGCCUGUGCACAUUGUCGAACCGAGUCGGACCACGUUAUCCUUACAGACGACGCCGAGAAGAACUACGAGGACUUCUCCACCGCUGAGUUUUUCAAAUCCGACGAUACCCUGGGCAUACACUUUGAGAACUCUGGCGUGUUUGAAGACGCGCGACUGCUGUUACAGUACAACUGCCCCGACGGCGAUGACCUCUGUACGCGGAACAAAAAGGUCUUUACCCACGAGCACGUCCUAUUCACGAUGGCCGAGCUACGACGGCACCAGAAGUUUGGCGACGAUAAUCCUGGAGCGAUAGAUCAAAGCGGAUUCAAAGGGCACCCGGAGUGCGGUUUCUGCAACCAGCGUUUCUACGGCGACGACGAACUGUACACCCAUUGCAGAGACAAGCACGAGCGCUGCCACAUUUGCGACCGCCGGGAGGGAGGAAGCAGGAAACAACAAUACUACGUCAACUACGAUUCGCUCGAGGUGCACUUUCGGAAAGACCAUUUCCUUUGCCCAGACCGAGAGUGUCUAGAGAAGAAGUUCGUCGUGUUCGAUUCUGAGAUGGACCUCAAGGCGCACCAGUUGGAGGUGCAUCCCAACGGUCUUUCCAAGGACGCUUUACGGGAUGCCCGGAGAGUCGACAUGUCUGGCUUCCAAAUUAGGGCGCCUCACGAGCAAGGUCAGGGUAACAACAGGCGAGACGAGCGCAGACGCGAGGGCGGCAGAGGCCGUGGGCGCGGACGGGAUCCGAACGCUGAGCCAGUGCCUGCGUCGUCUGCGCAGCCCUUGAGCAGAGCAGAGCUUGCUUACCAGCGGCAGAGGGAGGCUCAGAACACUCACUCGGUGACUGGAAGAACUUUUGGGGGCCAGCUCUCUGCACCAACUCCAGGCGAGGCGUUCGCUGCUAGACCGCCUCCAAGCGCCUCAGAGCCUCCUACCGUUACUGCGUCACGCCCAACCCCAGCGGCUGCCAACAAUAUCACAAAUGGCGUCGCUCAACUAAGCAUGGACACACAACCACCCAACCCAGUUCCACAGACGCCCCAGGACCAGGCUAGACUGUUGCGUCACAACGCAGUUACGGAACGGGCCACAAACAUGCUUCGGGGUAGCGAGAUCAAGCUGCAAGAGUUCAGAGCCGCGGUAUCGGCCUAUCGCAACUCCAAGGUAUCCGCGCCACAGCUCAUCGACGGGUUCUUUGCGCUAUUCGACGCCAACUCGAAGGAGAUGGGGAAGCUGAUCAAAGAAUUGGCGGACAUCUUUGAGAUGCCAGGGAAGCGUGAAGCUCUAUUGAAGGCUUGGAAUGAUUGGAAGGCUAUCAACGAGGACUAUCCAUCAUUACCUGGCUCUGCGACAGGCUUGAACGGGGGAUCGACUGCGCGAGGAGGUUCGCGGGUACUGAAGCUGAAGAGCUCAACAGCGCAAUCAUCUCGAUCCACAGCCAACCAGCAAGCCAGUUGGUCAAACGCAUCGUCGAGCAACCCAUUCCCAGCUUUGCCAGCACCUUCGGGUCGUGUCGGUGCGAAGCCCGGACAAACGCCUUGGGCCUCAUCUGCCGCAACGAGCGCGCGCCCCUCGCCCAUGCCAUCACGAGUCGCAUCAUCAACAAACGUGAACAAGAAGCCUGCUGCCGCAGACGCCUUCCCAGCUCUCCCCGCAGCAGCGAAACCCACCAGCACAAUCUUCAGUCCUGGCUACACUGGCCAUGGUCUACGACGCGACAACAGCGGACGCAACACUCCAGUGAGUAACCCUUGGGCUGGCCCGUCCGGCACGAAUAGCGGUACGUCAACACCGGCUUUGGAGGAUGCAGGAGCGGCAGGGAAGAAGAAGGGCAACAAGGGCAAAAAGCAGACACUCUUCCAGUGGGGUUAG